AUGAUUCAAUGGAAACUCUCGUCGCGACGCAACAUUGACCAGAGCCCUGUUGAAGUGAUCAAGGUCGUGCGAGGUGCAAAAAAAACUUUAAUAAUCAUCAAACGAAUCAUUGAUUCCGUUGAGAUUCUCGUGCUUGACAAGACAAUUGUAAAGGCUCGAAACUCGACGAUUGUGAAAUUUCAAUUAGCACAUCUCGAUGUGGUCACUGUUCACAUGGGGGCUCCAGUUCAAGAAGAGUGGAGCGAAUCACAAACAAAAAAACAAACAUCUCAUUAUAAUUUACAAGAAUGUUAA